AACUAUUUUGGCAAGACUCGCUGUAAACCGUUUAUUUCUGCGCGUCCUCUGCUAACUCACGCGAAACAUGCUCGCCGUAUUGCGCAAACAGCUUAAGAGCCACCCGGCUCUGGUCCCCCUUUUGUUCUUUAUCGCCGGAGGUGGAGUCAUGUCCAUGAUGUACCUGGCUCGUCUGGCCUUGAGAAACCCAGAUGUGUGCUGGGAUCGCAACAACCCCGAGCCCUGGAACAAGUUGACCCCAACGUCUCAGUACAAGUUCUACGCCGUUAACACCGACUACAGCAAGCUGAAGAAGGAAGGCCCUGAUUUCUAAAGAUCCCAUCUGCUGGACCAAAAGCACAAAGAGGAGCUGCUCCGCACAGCUUCGUUUGGACUCCCUCAGGGAGCCCGAGGGAUGCAGAGGCUAAACCCGCACAGUGACUGAUAUUUAAGUUUCCUCAUUGCAUCAGAUUGGCAUUUGUAAAACCAACAUGUCUCUUAUUUCUCGUUUUCAAUGAUUGUCAAUAAACUGAAGGAGUCUUUUCUCCUCCAUACAGAGAAAAGAACCAUUUCAUUCA